UACAAUACUCGGCCGACCAUCAAAAUCAAAGAAACGUCGGUCAAGAUUCAAUUUCAAAUCCAAGAAGUAUAAAACAAGAAUCGUGAGUCAAGAUCAGGAUGGCGGAUAGGCUGACCCAACUGCAGGAUUCUGUAACACAGCAAGCUGAGCAUUUCUACAACAGUAUUGGAAUCUUGCAGCAGUUUGCUCCAAGCAGUCCCUUCCCCGGAUUUGAAAAACCUGGCGGGAAACCUCCUUCCCCACCUCCCCAAGAAGAUUAUCCUGUACUGUUUGCCAAGUUGAUAACCCGCACAGCGAAAGACAUUGACGUGCUGAUAGAUGCUUUGCCUAGUGAGGACUCUUCCACAGAGUUACAGGUUGCAAGUUUGCAGAAGUUGGAGUUUGAAAACCAAGAAGAAGCGGAGAAGCUGGAAGAGAUUGUCAACAGAGGAGAGAAGCUGCUGAAAACUAUCCAGAAAUCUCUGGAGGACAUCGCAACUGCUCAGCUCAAGUGUCAGGCUUUAGAGAGCAAUACUUCUGGGAAAGAGAAGCUGUUUGCUUCCUGAGAGGAUCUUUUAUGUUGGGGUUUUUUGUUUUAUCAAAACAAGAAAAACUGCUGUGAAUGUUGUGUUCAUUCAGAUUUGUUGGGGGUAUCAGUGCCAUCCAUUUCUGCCACCCCCUCAGGGGAGUUUUGACAGGACAUAAAGCUGUUUAAAUUAAAGGAACAGUGCUAUGCUGUUGAAACAAAA